CACACCUUCUUGCACCAUCGCUUCACCUCAACAACAAAAACAAAAACCAACAAACAAAUCUAUUUUCUAUCUCAUCUUUCAUUUUUAUGUUCUGUCGAGUAUCAACAAAACAAAACUACACUCUUUGUUCCUCUCAACUUCUCUCUCUCUCUCUCUCUCAAACCCCUCUUCUAUCUUUUCUUAAACCCAUCGACACAGUAACAAAGGAAAAAAGCGCAACAUUUCUUCGCUAUCCCAUUCCAACCAUUGCCGUUAUUGCCGUUAUUUCUUUAACGACUGUUGAAUUCCCGAUAUUACGUUUUCAAAGGUAGCAGUGUGGCAUGCUAUGAAAAACCUGCUGUAGAUUCUGUUCCACCUUCACGUUAUCAAUUUAACGGGAAAACUUACAUGGAGGCUCAAAUUCAUCAACUUGAGCAAGACGCGUACUCCGCUGUCUUGCGUGCUUUUAAAGCUCAGUCAGAUGCUCUUACAUGGGAGAAAGAAGGUUUGAUAACUGAGCUAAGAAAAGAGUUAAGGGUUUCAGAUGAUGAACAUCGAGAGCUUCUUACCAGGGUUAAUUCCGAUGAAAUAAUCCACCGCAUAAGGGACUGGAGACAAACCGGCAUCUACCAACCUCCAAGACGCAGCACAUCACAGCCUGUUCAUGACAUUUUACCCAGUCCAACUGUUUCAGCUUCCCGCAAAAAACAGAAGACGUCUCAUUCGGGUCAGUCAUUGCCUGGAUUGUCUACCGUAAAGUCUGGACCGUACGCUUCCACUGGACCUGCCGGGGCUAGGCAUUUUGCAAAUCGCAAUUCAUCUAGUAAUCUGAUAUCUAAUGCCCCUGGUGAAGGAGCAUCAUUUGAUCCAUUGAUUGGGAAGAAAGUUUGGACUAGAUGGCCUGAAGACAACCACUUUUAUGAAGCUGUCAUAACUGAUUACAACCCUACCGAGGGCCGGCAUGCUUUGGUUUAUGAUAUUAAUAAAGCAAAUGAAACAUGGGAAUGGGUUGAUCUCAAAGAGAUAUCACCUGAGGAUAUACGAUGGGAAGGUGAAGAUCCGGGCAUACUCCACAGAAGUGGACAUAGCAGUCAAGGUCGCGGAGCAAAGAAAUUCUUCAGCCACAGUAAUGAUACUUUAGGUGCUGGAAGAGGAAGAGGACAUCCAAGAUAUCAACCCAGAAAAGAACUUAUCGCGCCACAAAAUGGUAUUGGAAAUAGAGUUUCAGACGAGAUUGAGUUGCUGAACACAGAUGCACUAGUUAAGGAGGUGGAAAGGGUUUUUGCUACAAGUCUUCCAGAUUCCACAGAGCUUGAGAAAGCAAAGCAAAUGCUGAAAGAGCAUGAGCAGACUCUUGUCGAGGCCAUUUCGAGGAUUGCAGAUGCAUCAGAUGGUGAAAGUGAUGAAGAGCAACCAUAUUUAUAAUGACAGUUAAUGGACAGAGGACGAGAGCACAGAAACCGGCAGUGGACACAAUCGAGACCCUUGAAGAUGAUGAUCUUUCAUGGUGGACACAAUCGAGAGACCCUUGAAGAUGACGAUCUUUUGUUCGAGUGGUGUCUCAUAUAAGUCCUCUGGCGGCUCAUCUAGAAGUCCUCAUAUAGAUUCCCCGUGUCAUUUAUAUUUUAUUCCAAACUGUAGCCUCUGAAACUAUUUUUUAAUAACAAUUAAAGAUAUAGGAGGCUCAUUUGUUUGGCACAUCAAUUGUAUUGUCAGAAUGCAACUGUAAAAUACUAAAUCUGAAAUGAAAAUUCCUUUGUUGCA